GAAAUAAAUCUGAUCCUAAAAAAUGAAAUUCAAGCAGAAAGUUCUGGAAACACAUUAUUAAAUGAAAUUAAUAAGGAUUCUAUUUCAAAUAUAGAACUAGAAGAAAGAAAAAUAGCUUUGUUAGAGCGACAAGCCAAACUUAGAAGAGAAUUAGCUGAAACAGAAGCUAUUGAAUUACAAAAUCGGCAACUAAAAAUAAGUUUAG